AGCAGUGCCACCCAGUUGAUGGAAGUGUGAAUAUUGGCAGAAACACGUAAAUGAAAAGCAAUGGCGGACAAGGCACGGGUACAAGAAGCGAUUAAAAUCCAAGGGGAAGUCGUCCGGAAGUUAAAGUCAGAGAAGGCGAGCAAAGAGCAGUGCUAAGGUUGCUUACCACUUUUCUCCUGUUCUUCCUGCCUGACCCUGGAUGACCUCGGCCUCCAACCCUCCUGGACCUCGCUGCACAUUCGUCUGCACCGUUGUGAUUGGCUGCUCUGACUGGCUCUGGACAAUACCACUGGAUAAUGCUGUACCCAUGAUGCAUUCCUGAACUUUUGCUUGUCCAAUUUCUGGACUUUUUUUCAACCCAAUCUUUAUUUUUUGUAUCCCCUGUGCUGUGGGAUGAACGUGCUGGGCAUAUUUUGUGUUCGUGCUUGCUCUGGUCUGGUGGGCUUUCGGACUGCAACACGUGUCCGAUGUCUGCAUUCUUUUCCUGGGAUCACUGUGGCUCAGAUUGAUGAAGAGGUGGCCAAACUGCUGGAGCUGAAGGCUCAGUUAGGAGGAGAUGAUGGCAAACAUCAGUUUGUCCUCAAGACAGCAAAGGGAACGAGGGACUACAACCCCAAGCAGAUGGCCAUCAGAGAGAAAGUCUUCAACACCAUCAUCGGCUGCUUCAAACGCCACGGAGCUGAGACCAUCGACACACCUGUUUUUGAACUGAAGGAAACAUUGACAGGGAAAUAUGGAGAAGAUUCCAAGCUCAUCUAUGACCUCAAAGACCAAGGAGGAGAGCUGCUGUCCCUCAGAUAUGACCUCACUGUGCCAUUUGCCCGUUACCUGGCGAUGAACAAGAUAACCAACAUCAAGCGCUACCACAUCGCUAAGGUCUAUCGCCGUGACAACCCAGCCAUGACCCGUGGCCGCUACCGAGAGUUUUACCAGUGUGAUUUUGAUAUAGCAGGGCAGUAUGACGCCAUGAUUCCAGAUGCUGAAUGUCUGAAGAUCGUCCAUGAAAUCCUCAGUGAGCUGGACCUUGGAGACUUCCGUAUCAAGGUCAACGACAGGCGCAUUCUCGAUGGGAUGUUUGCUGUGUGUGGUGUUCCAGAUGAAAAGUUCCGGACCAUCUGUUCAACAGUGGAUAAACUGGACAAGAUGGCCUGGGAGGACGUAAAGAAGGAGAUGGUGAAUGAGAAGGGCUUGUCAGAGGAGGCUGCCGACCAGAUUGGGGAGUACGUCAGUAUGCAGGGUGGAAGGGACCUGGCAGAGCGCCUCCUUCAGGACCCGAAAAUGUCUCAGAGUAAGCAGGCCUGUGCUGGCCUCUCAGAUAUCAAACUGCUCUUCAGCUACCUGGAGCUCUUCCAGGUCACAGACAAGGUGGUGUUCGACCUCAGUCUGGCCCGUGGUCUGGACUAUUACACAGGAAUCAUUUAUGAGGCAGUGCUGACACAGGCAGGUGUUGCCCCGGUCUCCAAUGAAACCCAGCAGGGUGCACCCGCAGAGGAGAGUGUCAGCGUGGGCAGCGUGGCCGGAGGGGGUCGCUACGACGGCCUGGUCGGCAUGUUCGACCCUAAGGGCAGGAAAGUGCCAUGUGUGGGCGUCAGCAUCGGCAUCGAGAGGAUAUUCUCCAUCAUGGAGCAGAAAGCUGAGGCCUCAGCAGAGAAGGUUCGUACCACAGAGGUCCAGGUCAUGGUGGCGUCUGCUCAGAAGAACCUGCUGGAAGAGCGACUCAAACUCGUCACUGAGCUCUGGAACGCUGGCAUUAAGGCAGAGGUGAUGUACAAGAAAAACCCCAAACUGCUGAGUCAGCUGCAGCACUGUGAGGAGUCUGGGAUCCCCCUGGUGGCCAUUCUGGGAGAGCAGGAGCUGAAGGAUGGAGUGGUUAAACUACGUGUCGUGGCCACCAGAGAGGAGUUUGAUAUUUCCCGAGCUGAUUUACUGGCUGAGAUCAGGAGGAGGACCUCUGAGGCCUAGCCAUUCCUUUCUGUUCAGCUACAACCCCAACUGUAACACGGGUCAAACACAGACGCUCUGCAGAAUCUUAUACAGAAUUUCUUGUCUAGUCCUCUAUAGAGCAUGUUGGACAGCCCUGAAAACACACAUCCAAUCUGUUUCACAGCAGCUACACAGACUGGUUUCAACUAGAGCAGGUGGUACUUGUGUUACACACUGUAACAGCAGGAAGCUAAAAGCAGUGAAGCUACUGGAGGCGUUUUUACGAUGCUGCUUAAAAGGAACAGUCAUUAGAGAACACCCUCCAGAACAUAUGAUCCAGUUUACAGGAACUGUAAUAUGUUUUUGAGUUCUGUGUCUGAAAGGUAUGUACCUGCUUUCAUUGUCAUCACUGUAUAGUAGUGUGCUCUGAGGAACAGAUCAUUGAUGCUAAUCAACACAUGUCUGAGCAAAGUUUCUUGGACUCCACCAAGCUGAUGGAGAUCAGUUUGGUCUUAAUCAGAUUAAUCAGAGCAGGAUUCCUGCUCACGUAUUUGAUCUGCUCAGGACCAACGAAGAGAAACUCUGUCAGAGACAUUUCCUUUCUACCUGAAGCCAUCAGAUGAGCUGCUGCAGUUCAACUUCUUACUUCAACUCAUUUCUACCUGUAUGAAACAUGCCUGAUCUGUUUAGUGUCUGAAAUAAACACACUCACAUCAUCACUGA